AUGGCUCCUGAGAUGGAUGACUUAUCAUCUCCAAUUGCAAUAUUACAUCAAGAAAAUUAUUCUGGAACAGAACUGUUUACUCGAUUCCCGAGUUAUGAACAAGCAUCUGCUCCUAAUGCACUGUUUCAUGAGAAAUUAUGGUAUGACUCGAAUGAAUGUGUUAGGAAAUAUAAAAGUUAUGAUCCAAAGGGACAAUUGGGUGAUGAAUCUUUUGAUUGUGAUGGUUCAAUGCCAGUAAUGGAGAUCUUUGAUGUCUCUGACCAAUUGGACAGCCCAAUUAUCGGAAAAAGGUCAUUUGAGUCCCUUCACGAUUCUCACCAAUUAGACACCAUUUGCUCAGAUCCUCCAAACAAGCAUAAUACUAACACAGCGAGUAGUUUGCAUCCGCUAUUGACAACCACUAUGUCUGGGAAACCCAGAAACUGUCCCCUCUCUGAUGAUCUACAAUACAGUGCUAGUAACAGUCACAGCGGUAUGGACUCCUUCGGAUGUGGACUUGAUUCGUUUUUUAUUUCUGAUGGUGUAGCCUCUUGCUCUUCAAAUGCUAGCAGCAGACAAGAAAUCAAUGAAACUCCUUUGACUCCAUCUGUUGAAAAGUAUAGCCAGAAACUUUCAUUAAGAUCUGGAUCUGGUUCAGAACAUAUGGGUUCUAUUCCUGAACUUGAAGUCUUCCGAAUUGAUGAAGACAACAGCAUUCCGGAAGAAGAUGAGUACCAAGACAUGGCUCCUGGAUCUGUAGAUGUGAAUUGCUCAUGCCAGCGACAAUCUGGGGGAACAGCACUUCAGGAUAUUACUGGAUUGUGGCAAAACAAUGGAAAUUCUCCGUCUCAUUCGAUGAGAAGCAUGGAUAAAGGUAACAUAGACUUGAGUGCAGAAUCUGUCAGUAGUGAGCUCACUCAUCAUUCAAAUAUCAGAAAUGAUAGCAUUAAGCCAAGAUACAAUCACCCUACUUCAGUUAAGAGAGAAGGAAAAGUAUCCCGUUCUCUUCAUGACAGAUCAGGUACGAAAGAAAUAACCAAAAGCAGAAGUGGAAGACACAGGAGUGAAGCAAAUAUUGACAAGCAAGGCACGACAGAAAUAAUCAAUGGCAGAAAUGGAAGACACAGGAGUGAAGCAAAUGUUGACAAACAAGGCACGGCAGAACUACUCAAUAGCAAAAAUGGAAGACACAGGAGUGAAGCAAAUGUUGACAGACAAUCUAAGCCUAGCAAUAUUGUUGCCAAUGUGACAUCUUUUGUACCUCUUGUAAAACAAAAGUUGCAAUCUACAACAGUGUGCGUUAAAAAAGAUGUUAAGGUGAAGGCACUCAAGGCUGCUGAAGCUGCAAAACGUCUUGAAGAGAAGAAACAAAAGGAGCAAGAAAAGCGCAAAGCGGCUGCAAAAGCAGAGCGUGAAAGACUGAAGCAAGAGAAGGAACAAAAACAAAAACUUGAAGAGGAACAAAAGAAGAGACGAGAAGUUGAUGCGGCCGCUAAGAAGCGGCAGAGAGAAGAAGGGGAAAAGAGGGAAACGAUGAAAAGAAGAAAAUGCAUGGAUGAAGCUCGAAAGCAACAGAAGCAGCCUAUGGAUAGACAUCGAGGCACGAAGGAUGAAAAAGAUGCUCGUCAAAAAGCUUCUGAUAAUAUGGAGCCAAGGAAGAAUUUGGUUGAUGUAGGCAAAAACCAAGUUAAACCUGAUGAGACUACCGAACAUGCCCUUCGAUACAAGGCCAAUGAAAGUAAGGACGAGAAAGGUGUUGCAGUAGAUGACAGGAAUGCAAGUUUUGGAUCUGAUGCUAAGGAAAAUAUCCUGAACAGUCUCGAGUCCUACACAAUGACUCCGUAUAAAGAUUCUGAUGAUGAGGAUGAGGAUGAUUACGACGAACAUGUACAAGAAGCAAGGCGCAGAAGGAAAUUUGUUCCUUGUUGGGCUCGAAAGGAAAACUUGGAUAACAUCUUACUAUCCAAUAAAGCAUUAAACCCCAGAGAAAUUUUUGCACAGAAGCUGUCCUUCAACAUAUCUGAAGUUCUUUCGGCUCACGUUCCGCAGCGCGUCGUAAGAUAGCCUUCAAUCCCAUUUGAUGAAGUAGCGGUAAUAUGUCAUUGCUGUUCUUCUGGCCUCCAUUUCGCCUUGGCAGUCGGUGAUGUGUAUAAGCUGACCAGCAAUCUCUCUUUUGUAACCGGUAAGCUAGGAAUGAUGUACGUAGGAGAACAUUGCUGUACCACUUGAGUAGUUACUUAGCUAGCAUCGAUCAUUGCUUGGCCAAGUUAUAGUUUGUUUAUAACGGCUUCCGUCACAUUAUUUUUUGACGGAGAUUGGGUAUGUAUCGGAGUGGCAGCAUGUGUAAGGAGAGUAUGCAGUAGCAGUAAAGUGAGCUCUUGUGUCUGAUGAGUAAA